AUGGGUCUGCAGGUGAGGUUUACCGACGAGCUGCGCUCGCUUGCCGGCGCAAAAUGGGAGGCCGUCAUAAACCAUCGCUUCACCGACGCUCUCGCGGCCGGGACCAUUGACCGCGACGUCCUCGCUCGGUAUCUGGUGCAAGACCAUCGCUUCCUCGACUCCUUUGUUGUUUUGUUGUCGAGCAUGGUGGCUGCCGCUCCCAGUCUCGCGGCCCGAAUCCCGGGCUGCCAGUUCCUCGCACUCAUCACGGGUCGGGAGAACACUUACUUCGAGCGAAGUUUCGCGGCGCUUGGCGUCGACGACGCCGCGCGUGAGUCGGCGCCCGAUACGGCACCGACAGUGGCGUUCAAGGCGCUGAUGCGCGACGCCGCCAAGGCGACCUAUUCGGAGAUGCUGGCGGUACUGGUCGCGGCCGAGUGGAGCUACCAGUCUUGGGGCGAGCGCGUGCUGCCCGCCGCGGUGCAAGAGCCCUUCACGUCCAGAGAGUGGGUCGACCUGCACAGCGGCGAGUACUUUGGCUCGGUCGUGGAGUACCUGCGCGGCCUGCUGGACGAGGCCGCCGCGACGAUGACUCCAGCCGAGCGUGCCGCCGUCGAGGUUCGCUUCCUGGCCGCCGUCGACAUCGAGCUCGCCUUCUUCGAUGCGGCAUACGAGGAUUCAUAA